AUGUUUGAUUUAAAUAUAUUUCUUUAUUAGGUUUUUGUAUUAUUGAUUUGUGUUUAAAGCUUAUGUACAGAAAUAACAAAUCAAUAAGAAUGUAAUACAAAUGAUUAAUGUUAUUGGAGUUAUUGGAAACCUUCUUUAUGUCAAAGUAUUUGUAAUUUAUUGGCUGAUGAAAACAGAUGUAAUUAAGCAGUAGAUUGUAAAUGGUAAGCAGAUUCAUCCUCUUGUUUCGUUAAAAAGUGCAGAGAAGGAAAGGAUUAGAAUGAGUGUAAUCUAAUUGUAAUAAGAAUAACUAAUUUAGGUUGCUUGCUAUUGGAUUAAUAGUAUAUGUUGGGAUUCCUCAUGUAUUUAAUUAUAAGCUGAAGAGGCAGGAAAGUGUCCUAUUGCUUAUUGCAUUUGGGAUGAAAAAAGGAAGCUCUGUUAUGAUAAGAAAUGCUCAGAUUAUGAUAAUGAAUAUGAUUGUUAGCAGUUAUCAUUUUGUACUUGGUUUAAAUAUAAAUGUAUAGAUAAUGGUAAUAAGAAACUGGAUUUUUGA